AUGGCCCUUCACCAUGGAUUAACUUUGGCCAGUGGUAUCUUAGGCACUAUCUUCUCUUUCAUGGUCUACCUUGCUCCAAUCCGAACAUUUCACAAAGUGUAUAAGAGAAAAUCUACAGAAGGGUUUCCAUCACUUCCUUAUGUUGUUGAACUAUUCACCUCAAUGUUGUGGAUAUACUAUGCAAUCCUUAAACGAGGAGCCCUUCUCCUCAUCAUUAUCAACUCAGUUGGAUGUGUAACAGAGACACUCUACAUUGCCCUUUUCCUGUUUUAUGCUUCCAAGAAGUCUAAGAUCCAAGUAGUACUUCUAGUCUUGUUGAUUGCCCUUGGUUAUGGUUUGAUGGUCAUAUUGACUUUAUUUCUAGCAAAAGGGCAGAAGCGUAUCCAGGUUGUGGGAUGGAUCUGUCCAGUAUUUAACCUCAUUGUACUUGCUGAUCCACUUUGCAUAAUGAGAAAAGUCAUACGGACCAAAAGUGUGGAGUUCAUGCCUUUUCCUUUAUCGUUUGUCCAGACGAUAGGCGCUGUUAUGUGGUUCUUCCAUGGCCUUUUGCUCAAGAAUUACCACUUAGCUUUUUCAAACGUACCGGGAUUUAUUGUCGGAAUUGUUCAGAUGGGGCUUUAUAUAGUCUACAAGAAUAGCAAGGAAAUUUUGCAGGAGCCACCGAAACUCGAAAAG